AUGGCCAGCACCACGAGGUUAACCAGCACAACUCCCACCUCCCGCCUCGACAAAAAACCCAACCAAAACCAGAUAAAAAACCCCUCGAACUCCGACGGGAACGAGGCUCCCCUCGAUCCCAAACACCGUACAUCUAGCGUCACGGCCUCACGGGGGAAAACCGCGCCGCCGCCCAAGGCCCGCUCCGCCCUCACCGCUACCCGCAACGCCGCUGCCGGAGGGCCGGCCGGCGAAGCCGCGCCGCACCCAGGGACAGCGGCGGCGGCGCCCAGGGACCGCGCCCAGCCGCCCCCGCCACCUCCCGUCGCGGGCAGGCGGGAGGAGCCCUGCCCGGCCAUGGCGACACCGCCGGCGGCCUCCUCCUCCCCCUCACCUUCUCUCCCUCUCCCAAGGGAGGGAAGGGAAUGGAAGGGAUCCGGCGGCAAGGGGAGGCAGCACCCAGAUCCGCAGCCGCACCGGCGGGCCGCCGUCCCUCGAUACCAUCCAUGGAGGUCUGACCCGGCUGCAGCCAUGGACCGAGACGCCCGAAACCCUAGCUACCCGUGGAGGUCCGACGCCUCAACCUCCAAGGAAAGGACGCGCGCCGGCUGCAGGCCAUCUCCGGCGACCUCCGACCAUGGUUGCUCGGAUCUGGACCAGCUGCUGCUCCUACUGCUUCAGGUGGACGAGGACGAGCCCUCCCACAUGGCUGCUACGGCUGCCUACUCCCUCCUCCUACCGCCUGGCCUGGUGUGCGGCUACCUCGUGGUGACCUCGUGGGACAUCGAGGCUGCUACUGGUAUGUGCUAUGCAAUCUUGAGAGAUGAAAAAAAGAUGGUACAGAGAGGAGGGAGGAUCGCAGUUCAGACAGAUUGGCUGGAGUUCAGCAGAAGGAUUCAAAUCAGUAACCCGCCCUGAGUAAGUUCAGCAGAAGGAUUCAAAUCAGUAACCUGCCCUGAAAAAUUCUGUUCUGUUUUGAACACUACUGAUUCCGGUGGGAGUAAGUUCAGAGGGGAAAAAUGCAUCGGAGUAGCAGGUGGAUGAUAGUGCUGCUACCUUUCGCUUGUAUUACUGGUUUACAGAGAACAGUGCCAUCAUCCAUGUUUGUUUAAACAAGUGAGUUGUGAACUACUGGACAUGUUCACUUAAAGUUUUUGCGGGAGUGUUUUCAUUAACUAAAGAGUAGACCAAGUUUGGUUUGUGGCUGUAAUCAGUUGGAAAUGUAGGCAUUGUUUGUCUCCGUCGUGCGCGGUCCACAUGGGCUGGUCGAGUAACCAGCACGAUGCUUCAUUAUUUUCUUGGACUUGACAACACGAUGCACAAUUUCCCAAAUGUGGUAGUUUCUUACAAUUUACUCAAGAACACAACGGUAUCCAUCAAAUGGUAGUGUCCUCUUGGUGUUCUGUUUCCCAUUUAUUAUUGGAUUUUGCCCACUCUAACCUUCAUAGUUUGAAAUUGUAGGUGGAGUACUAUUUCAGUGAUAUAAACCUGGCCACCGCAGAAUAUUUGAUGAGAUUUAUUAGCAUGGAUCCUCAGGGAUAUGAUGAGUUGCAUAUCUAUACCUGGAUCUACCUUUUUUUGGUAAUUUGCGAUACAUCUUAAGAUGGACCUGUUGAUGUGUUUGUGUCAGUAGUCUGUUCCUGCAAAUCCAUUCACAAUACUGGGAGUAGGCAUUUUCCAUGCAAGGUUUACGAUAACACUAUAUUCAUCUUGUUGUUGAUUCGCUUUGUCGGAAACAGAAGUCAACAUAUUUCUUCUAUGUAUACAUGCCUUCUGUUAGAUAGGCCGAUUCAUAUUGGCUCAACUCUAACGAUGUAUUUUCCAUUUGCUCAACUUAAUUGGUACUCUUAAUCUCUACUGUACAAGGGAAGACAGCCAAAGAAGAAGAAGAUCAAGGCUAUGUUCUGCUGGAUCAACAAGACUAUGAAGAGGAAGAACACGAGCAGGCACAGGUUGACCAACAAGGGCAUAUUUAGGUUGCUCUUGUGGAGGACGAGUCCUAGGAAUUCAUGGUUCAGGGCGAACCCAACAACGAUCGUUUGGUGCUGGUGCUGGUGCUGGUGCCCACACUUGACGAAAUGACAAUUGCUAAUGAUUUGGGUUUGCAUCCGGAGACCGGCGAGCAGUAUGAACAAAAUAAUAAUUGUAUCUCAAUGCUAUUAUUUUCUCAAGUGUGCUUACAUGUUUCAUCUUCAAAGGAAACGCGGAAGUAGGCAUCUAGGAGUAUAUCCUCACUUCUUAGCCCGAGGUCUAGCUGGCACAAUGGUGAAUUGGUGAUAUGUCUUGUAUACAUGAUCAUGGUGAUUGCUUGGCUCUAUUAUCAGAUGACAUCACGUCGCCUCAGGUAUAGCCGAUGCAUGGCUGUGCAUAUUUCUAACGGAAUUAAUGGUGCAGGUUUUAGGCCAUUUUGUACAAGUUGAACAUGAGAGCAUGAGUUAGAUUGCCAGGCAAGCCGGUGCUAUAUAUAAGCUCUAUCUCUCUUUGUGGAUAGCAUAAAUGAUUCAACUUUCAUGGUACUUUGCAGAUCUUACUCCAUUAGAACUAAUUUGGAAUAAAAUUAUUUGUGAGCAUCUUCGAGGUGUUUUUCCCUCGACUUCUUGUACCCCAACCUCCCGGACCCCUUGAAUGGGGAGGCAGCUUCGCUGAUGAUGCGUGACAAGAAAGCAUAUGACCAAAAAGUCCAAGAAUCUGAUAUGUGACGAUCGGACGGAGGACAAAAAAGUACGGUGUGUGACAUCGGACGUCUUCUUCUUCUUCAAGGUCCCAGCAUGUCGUACUGUCCAUCUCUUGUCUUUAGGGGACCAACAAUCUUGAACAUGAUGUGCAGUAGCGAAGGUACCACUUUCCAUAUGUUUUUUUCUACCUGACAUUUUAUUAAUUGUAUGAAACCCUUUUGCAAUGAUAUUAGUUGGUGGCUUUUCCAAAUGCAACCAUGCCUGUUCUUUCUCCAGAAAAUGCAAGGAUUUCUGUCACUUCCAUCAAUGCCUGUGGGGAAGAGGUGUGGCAACUGUAAGUAAUCAAAUGUAUCUCGUGAAUAUGAAAAAUACGAGCAAAAAGACUCACUGAUCCAUGGCAUCCAAUGUCAAUUUCCUUGACUUCAAAUCAUAUGCAUUGCGAUUUGUGAUUUGGCUAUAUUAAUUGUUGUUCUCAGAUGAUUGAUUUUACCUUAAAUAAACUAUUCGCCUUAAGAUGCAACAUCUUCUGCACUAUUACAAAAGCAUGAUUAUUUAUGUGUGUAGUAGUUUUCAAGUGGAUCUCCCAUUCUGUUAUUGUCACUUGCGAUAAAGUCAGAUCUGUUAGUGGUCUGUUGGAUAAAAUCAGAUCGAACAACCAGCCAACCAGUAUGCGAUCUGCAUGCGGCUUCGGCCGAUCGUCCGGAUAGCAUUAUUUACCUUUCGUUUUUUUAUAUCAUGGGUAAUCUGGACUGUCCAGAAGCUUGAAUUUUGGGAAACCUGUUUGGUACCCGUUUGAUGUCUGAAGGUGUUCAGACGUACGAGGGAGAAAUGAGCUUCGACUUUGAAGCCCGUAGCAACAGUGUACCAACAGUGAAAUCUCAGGAAUACCCAGUCUGUUUAUUUUACCUUUUUCAGCUUGAACACAACAGUGAAUCAAGUAGAAAUCCGAAAGAGGCUGUAUAUAUAGUUGCAUUGGUGCGUACCAAACCGCCGAUUGAAUUUGUGCUAAUGGGGUUUUGCUGAGAAAAUGGUAGUACAUUAUUAGAUGCAAGCAAUUUAUUUUUUAUUACAUGAUACAUAAUGACGCCUACAAAAUUGCCACAAGUAUGGGAAUCUUAUAUAGUUAUGUUGGAGCCAUCUUGUUUUUAUGUUUUGCCACAGUAUAGUUUCAUCAUACCACGACUCUUCCUAUUUGCCCAAAGAGUUGCCAAGGUCAGCUUACCUGACUUGAGAUCCACUAUUUGACACACAAAAUUUUCCUCAAUAUAGUGAUCGUUGUCCCAAAUGGUGCUUGGACAGAACUUAAAAUCAAGUGCAGUAUUAGAACAAGUUUGACUAAAAUGAUUUUUUUGGAGGCUUUCACAUUAUUUUUUGGCUAUCUGUAUGAAUAGGUGGUCAAAAUAGGUGACCAAAAAUAUUACGGUGAGCUUUUAUAUUUAAUUACUUAUCCAAAAGUUGUUGUACAAUUUUGAUGAGAACAAGUUUGGUUAAAACAACUUUUGCCUAUCUAUAUGAGUCUGUACAGGAGGGGAAUGCAUGUGGAACAUGAAAGUUUUAAAUUUUCUUUUAAAAAAAUGUUUGUGAAGUAACUUGCGAUUAAAUUCCUAGAAAAGAGGGGGAGGGGGGGAUUUAUUCAUAGUUUUAAAUAGCCCCCCUAUAGCCUUUUUAGCAGGGUGCCGCUAAAUGGUACUCAUGUACAAUAGACUGAUAAUAUUAGCCCGCUAUAGCUCGCUAUCGCUCCACUAUAACUGUUUUGGAAGUCCGCCGCUAUUUGGCAGAGCCCGCUAUUUAAAACACUGUUAUUGCAGCAUACAUGGAGGAAAUGAUGUUUGACAGUGCAGUGCCUGAAACUUCUGUUGUCGAAAAAUGGUGCCUUUUUGCAGGGAAAGUUAACUGAUGGUAGCUAGGUUCAUGGGAGUGAAGCAGCUGUCUGAAGCAUCAUAUCAGAGAAAAAUGGAAUUUGCAACGGAAAUAGAUAUCUGGAAUGCAACACCGUAAUCUUGCGAAGUUGUAUGGUUGAUGCUGGUUAUGAGUACCCGGAGAAUGGGAGCCUGGACCAUGCCCUAUUUGGUACAGAUUCUUUUCAUUGAUGCAGCUAAAAAUCUGCAGAAUCGGGCUUUGUAUAGACAAGUAAGGACUUAAACCUACAUUUGCAUGCAAAUGGAAGUCAAGCCUGGACUGGCCCACACGUUUUGCGAUAUGCUUAGGCGUUGCAAGAGGUUUGGCUUAUCUUCAUGAAGAAUCUAGCAUUUGUGUUGCGCACAGGGACAUCAAGGCCAAUCUCAAUCCUAAGAUCUCAGAUUUCGGGCUCGCCAAACUAUAUGAUGACCUGAAGACAUGUGAACACGAGGGUUUUUGGCACAUUGUCGGUGCAUUUCCACCUUGCUAACCUUCGUCUAUGUAGUAUUUUCGUAUGUAGCUGAUGACAUGUUGAUCUUAUUGAUCCUACUGGCUGAUGUUGAUGACUUCCCAGCCAUGAAGAACCCAUCCGCACUCUACAAGGUCACGCCGGCUCCACGUUGGAGCGGUGGCGGUGGCUCGGCGGCACGUGUUCAGCCCGCAUCAGAGUUUGUAGUGGGUCCAAGCCCCAAGGACUCGGUUAUAACUUCUGUUUUCUUUGGAGUGCUUGUACCACCGGUGUUCUUUAAUAUAUGAUCCGGGGUCUUUUUCACAAAGAAGGUGCUAUAUACCAUUACACACUGCAGAGCGAUAUGUUUUUGACCACUUUAUUUUGUGCAUCAGAUGUGAUAGUAUACAUCGUCGAAUUUUAAAAAGAAUCAAAAUAAAUUGGAAGUGAAGAAUAUUUCAAUUAUUUGUUGUC